AUGGUUCCGAAGCCAGACGGUGGGUGGCGUCCGUGUGGUGACUACCGCCGUCUUAAUGAUGCGACCACGCCCGAUCGUUACCCGGUGCCCCACAUUCAGGACUUUUCCGUACAUUUGGCGGGGAAGUCCGUGUUCUCUAAAGUGGAUCUGGUGCGGGGUUACCACCAAGUCCCGGUGCACCCGGCGGACAUACCGAAGACGGCAGUGGUGACUCCUUUCGGGCUGUUCGAGUUCCUCAGGAUGCCUUUUGGCCUGAAGAACGCAGCCCAGUCGUUCCAGCGGCUAAUGGACUCGGCACUCAGGGACAUGCCUUUCAUCUUCGUCUACUUGGACGAUGUCCUCGUCGCCAGCUCCUCGGAGGAGGAGCACCUGACACAUCUCCGAGUUCUUUUUACACGGCUCGACCAGCACGGGCUGAUCAUUAACCCGGCUAAGUGUGUUUUUGGGGUGCCGUCCAUAAAGUUCCUCGGGCAUCUCAUCACCAGUGAGGGGGCUGCCCCCCUCCCUUCGAAGGUGGACGCCGUUUCCACUUUUCCACGCCCACGCUCGGCCCGGGGGCUCCGUGAGUUCCUCGGUAUGGUUACCUUCUACCAUCGGUUCAUUCGACAAGCGGCUCACGUAAUGCGCCCGCUCUACGAGGCCCUUAAGGGUACGACCCCCAACCAGGACGUUGUCUGGACCGCGGAGGCGGACCAGGCCUUCGAGGACACAAAAGUUGCGUUGUGCCAGGCCACUAUGUUGGUCCACCCGUCACCUGGGGCCCCGGUUGCCCUCACUACUGACGCGUCCGACUAUGCCGUGGGUGCCGUGUUCGAGCAGUGGGUCGAGGGUACCUGGCAACCGCUCGCCUUUUUCAGCCGCCAGCUAGUCCCCAGGGAGCGUAAAUACAGCACCUUUGACAGAGAGCUGCUCGCUGUUUGGUUGGCAAUCCGCCACUUCCGCUUCGUCCUGGAGGGCCGUGAGUUUACGGUUUUUGUUGACCACAAGCCCCUUACAUUCUCCAUGUCUAAGGUGGCCGAGCCGUGGUCCGCCCGCCAGCAGCGCCAGCUGGCGUUCAUCUCGGAGUAUACCACGGACAUACGACACAUUGCCGGCAAAUCCAAUGUGGUUGCGGAUUGUCUUUCCAGGGCGGUCGUUGGUGCGGUCCAGCUCGGACUAGACUACGCGCGUAUGGGUGCGGACCAGGCCGCAGACCGCACCCUUCAGUCCCUCAAGGACUCGGACACUGGACUGCAGCUGGGAAAGGUCGCGGUCGGCGCUUCUGGGGUCGGGUUGUGGUGUGACCUCUCUACUGGCCAGCCCAGGCCUCUGGUCCCCGCCAGCUGGCAGCGGUCUGUUUUUGAGACUAUACACGGCCUGUCCCAUCCUGGCAGAAAGGCAUCUGUUAGGCUUGUAUCGCAAAAGUUCGUCUGGAGAGGACUCAAGAGGGAUGUGCGGGCCUGGGUUGAUUCUUGUGUGGCCUGUCAGCGUGCUAAGGUGCACCGCCAUACCAAGGCCCCGUUAGAACCUUUUGUUGUUCCGGAGAGGAGGUUUGACCACGUUAACAUCGACCUGGUGGGGCCGCUUCCCCCUUCACGUGGUUUCACUUACCUCCUCACGAUGGUAGACAGGACGACGCGCUGGCCUGAGGCUGUUCCCCUCGCCUCUAUCACGGCUGCCGAUGUGGCUCGGGCGUUCAUUGGCACGUGGGUUUCACGUUUCGGUACGCCCUCUGAUCUAUCCUCUGACCGGGGUGCGCAGUUUACCUCGGAGGUCUGGAACGCUGUGGCGGGGGGUUUGGGUGUCAAGUUGCACCGCACCACCGCAUACCACCCCCAGGCUAACGGACUGUGUGAACGUUUCCACCGCUCUAUGAAGGCUGCCCUUCGGGCCAGCCUGACAGACGGCAACUGGGUUGACAAACUGCCCUGGGUCAUGCUUGGCCUUAGGACCGCCCCCAAGGAGGAUCUGCAGUCCUCGUCCGCCGAGCUUGUUUACGGCCAGGCUUUGCGGGUGCCUGGGGAUUUUAUACCGGAUGCUACGAGACCUUGGUCUGCUACCGAACAGCGGUCCUCCCUGCGGGAGGUGGCCACGGGGUUUGCGCCUGUUCCUACGUCGCAGCACUGCUCCCCUGAGUCCCGGAUGCCCGCUGGCCUCCGCUCUGCGUCGUUUGUUUUCGUCCGCCACGACGCCCACCGUGGACCGCUGCGUCCCCCUUACGACGGCCCGUUUAAGGUUUUGCAGCAUGGGGACAAGAGCCUGGUCGUGGACAUUGGGGGUAGGCCUGAAACUAUUUCCGUUGAUAGGAUCAAGCCUGCUCAUGUGGACAUUUCCAGACCGUUGGUGUUGGCCCAGGCCCCGCGCCGCGGACGCCCCCCAGUACUUUGUUCCCCUGGUCAGUCGGGAGUUCCUUCGACCGGGACGGUGCCGGCUGCGUCCCCCGCUUCCCUCCCCUCAGCCCCUGCCACUUGUACUCGGAGUGGUCGGGCCAUCAUUCCAUUCCGGAGUGGGGAUUUUGACUAUGGUUGA